AUGUCACAAGAUCCUAGAGCUAAUUCUGCAGAAGUUGCUGACUUGAAAACUGGAAGCCCGUUAGGUAGAACCAUCUCCGUUGAUUCUAUCGCAUCGUUAUUUAGAAAGAGAAAGAGAGCUAACAGUGAAUCUGUGUCGUCAACUCCAGCCGAAUCGCCACAUGAUUCGGAUGCUAGUGAAAGUGACAAGGACAGCACGCGUGAAUCAAAGAGAAGAAAGGUCAAAACAAAAGAAGAGAUAGAACUUGAGGAAAAUGAAAAGAAGUUGGAUGCUGAGUUACCAGAAGAACUAAGAAAAUAUAGGCCGCUUGGGUUCAAGUUCAAUAUCCCACCUAAAGAUAGACCAAUCAGAAUUUAUGCUGACGGGGUGUUUGAUUUGUUUCAUUUAGGUCAUAUGAAGCAAUUGGAGCAAGCCAAAAAGGCAUUUCCUAAUGUUGCCUUGGUUUGUGGAAUUCCUUCUGAUGUCGAAACCCACAAAAGAAAGGGAUUGACUGUGUUGACAGAUAAACAGAGAAUUGAAACAUUGCAGCAUUGUAAAUGGGUUGAUGAGGUUAUUCCAAACGCUCCUUGGUGUGUAACUACUGAAUUCUUACUCGAGCAUAAGAUUGAUUAUGUUGCCCAUGAUGAUUUGCCUUACGCAUCUACUGAUUCAGACGAUAUAUAUAAGCCCAUCAAAGAAAUGGGAAUGUUUUUAACAACCCAAAGAACAGAGGGGAUCUCUACUUCAGAUAUAAUCACCAAAAUCAUCAGAGACUAUGACAAAUAUUUGAUGAGAAAUUUUGCUCGUGGGGCAACAAGAGAAGAAUUGAAUGUCAGUUGGUUAAAGAAAAACGAGUUAGAGUUUAAGAAACAUAUCAAUGAUUUCAGAUCCUACUGGAUGAAAAAUAAAACUAACAUCAAUAAUGUCUCCAAAGAUCUUUACUUCGAAGUGAGAGAAUAUAUCAGAGGUAAGAAAACAGGAUCAUCUCCUCUGUCAGAUAACAACAGUAUUACUUCAGAAUUCGAUGAGGUAAAUUCUAGAGCUAAUUCUCCUUUGACCGAUUUUGCUUCCAAAUACAUUGGAAAUGCAAAUAAAGAUCUUAAUGGUAAGUCUAUUCUAGCCAAUGUUAAAGGAUGGAUAAAAGGUGAUGAAUUAUCAGCCAAUGAAAAAUCUGAUCCAUCUCUUGAAUCCUUAUCUAGAAAAUCAACUAGGUCUUCUACUAGAUCCUCGAAAUUGAGCAACGAUAAAUCUUCAGCAUCAUCUGUGUCGAGUUCCAAGUCGCCUAAAAAAGCACUCAAGUCAGCCACAAACACUCCAAAGCUUUCAAAGAAAAUCAACAAGAGAACUCAAAAAUCUAGUUAA